GCGCGGCGGCGGGUCCCUGCCGCGGGGCUGGCGGGCUGAAGGCAAGGAAGAUGGCGGCGGCGGCGGCGGCUGGCGCGGCCUCCGGGCUGCCGGGUCCCGUGGCGCAAGGGCUGAAGGAGGCGUUGGUGGACACGCUCACCGGGAUCCUGUCCCCCGUGCAGGAGGUGCGGGCGGCCGCCGAGGAGCAGAUCAAGGUGCUCGAGGUGACGGAGGAAUUUGGUGUUCACCUAGCAGAGCUGACCGUAGAUCCCCAGGGAGCACUGGCAAUCCGUCAGCUGGCAUCAGUCAUUUUGAAGCAAUAUGUGGAAACUCACUGGUGUGCCCAAUCAGAGAAGUUUAGGCCUCCUGAAACUACAGAAAGGGCAAAAAUUGUUAUCCGGGAGCUAUUGCCCAAUGGGUUGAGAGAAUCAAUAAGUAAGGUGCGCUCCAGUGUGGCCUAUGCAGUGUCAGCCAUCGCCCACUGGGACUGGCCCGAAGCCUGGCCGCAGCUCUUUAACCUGCUCAUGGAGAUGUUGGUGAGCGGAGACUUAAAUGCAGUCCAUGGAGCCAUGCGUGUGCUGACAGAAUUCACUCGAGAAGUAACAGACACCCAGAUGCCACUUGUUGCUCCUGUCAUUCUCCCAGAGAUGUAUAAGAUCUUCACGAUGGCCGAGGUGUAUGGUAUUCGAACCCGUUCCCGAGCAGUGGAGAUUUUUACCACUUGUGCCCAUAUGAUCUGUAACAUGGAGGAACUAGAAAAGGGUGCAGCCAAAGUUCUGAUCUUUCCUGUGGUGCAGCAGUUCACAGAGGCCUUUGUUCAGGCCCUCCAGAUUCCAGAUGGCCCCACGUCUGACAGUGGGUUUAAGAUGGAAGUCCUAAAGGCAGUGACAGCCCUGGUGAAAAACUUCCCAAAGCACAUGGUUUCCUCCAUGCAGCAGAUUCUACCUAUUGUUUGGAACACCCUAACUGAGAGUGCAGCUUUUUAUGUGAGGACAGAAGUAAAUUACACAGAGGAAGUUGAAGAUCCUGUGGAUUCUGAUGGUGAAGUCCUGGGCUUUGAAAAUCUUGUCUUUAGCAUUUUUGAGUUUGUCCAUGCUCUCCUAGAAAAUAGCAAAUUCAAAAGCACCGUUAAGAAAGCCUUGCCUGAGUUGAUUUACUAUAUAAUCCUGUACAUGCAGAUCACUGAGGAGCAGAUUAAAGUAUGGACGGCCAACCCCCAACAGUUUGUAGAAGAUGAGGAUGAUGACACUUUCUCCUAUACAGUUAGGAUUGCAGCUCAAGACCUAUUGCUGGCUGUGGCCACUGAUUUCCAGAAUGAGAGUGCAGCAGCCCUGGCUGCUGCAGCCACUCGCCAUUUACAAGAAGCUGAGCAAACCAAAAACAGCGGCACUGAACACUGGUGGAAGAUACAUGAGGCAUGCAUGCUUGCCCUCGGCUCAGUGAAGUCCAUCAUCACUGACAGUGUGAAGAAUGGCAGGAUCCAUUUUGACAUGCAUGGGUUCCUGACUAAUGUCAUCCUUGCAGACCUCAACCUUUCAGUGUCUCCUUUUCUCUUGGGCCGAGCACUUUGGGCUGCCAGUCGGUUCACUGUUGCUAUGUCCCCUGAAUUGAUCCAGCAGUUUCUACAGGCAACAGUUAGUGGUCUUCAUGAGACACAACCCCCAUCGGUUCGAAUUUCUGCCGUGAGAGCCAUCUGGGGUUAUUGUGACCAACUGAAAGUCUCGGAGAGUACCCACGUGCUUCAGCCCUUCCUCCCCAGUAUCCUGGAUGGCUUAAUUCACCUAGCGGCCCAGUUCAGCUCAGAGGUCCUCAACCUGGUGAUGGAGACCCUGUGCAUCGUCUGUACAGUAGACCCAGAGUUCACAGCAAGUAUGGAGAGCAAAAUUUGCCCCUUCACCAUCGCCAUUUUCCUGAAGUACAGUAACGAUCCUGUCGUCGCCUCGCUGGCUCAGGAUAUCUUCAAGGAGCUGUCCCAGAUUGAAGCCUGUCAGGGCCCGAUGCAGAUGAGGCUGAUUCCCACUCUAGUGAGCAUAAUGCAGGCCCCGGCAGACAAGAUCCCUGCAGGACUAUGUGCGACGGCCAUUGAUAUCCUGACCACAGUAGUCCGGAAUACAAAGCCUCCCCUUUCCCAGCUACUCAUCUGCCAGGCUUUCCCUGCUGUGGCACAGUGCACCCUUCACACAGACGACAACGCCACCAUGCAGAAUGGUGGAGAGUGCUUGCGAGCUUACGUGUCAGUGACGCUGGAGCAGGUGGCCCAGUGGCACGACGAGCAGGGCCACAAUGGGCUGUGGUACGUGAUGCAAGUGGUGAGCCAACUCCUGGACCCCCGUACCUCAGAGUUCACUGCGGCCUUUGUGGGUCGCCUUGUCUCCACCCUCAUCUCCAAGGCAGGGCGGGAGCUGGGGGAAAAUCUGGACCAGAUUCUUCGUGCCAUCCUCAGUAAGAUGCAGCAGGCAGAGACGCUCAGUGUCAUGCAGUCUCUGAUCAUGGUGUUCGCCCAUCUGGUGCACACUCAGCUGGAACCCCUCUUGGAGUUCCUGUGCAGCCUCCCGGGACCUACUGGCAAACCCGCCCUGGAGUUUGUAAUGGCUGAAUGGACGAGCCGACAGCAUCUGUUCUAUGGACAGUAUGAAGGCAAAGUCAGCUCUGUGGCACUGUGUAAACUGCUCCAGCAUGGCAUCAAUGCAGAUGACAAACGGCUACAGGAUAUCCGCGUGAAGGGAGAGGAGAUCUACAGCAUGGAUGAGGGCAUCCGCACCCGCUCUAAGUCAGCCAAAAACCCUGAGCGCUGGACAAACAUUCCUUUGCUGGUCAAGAUCCUGAAGCUGAUCAUCAAUGAGCUCUCCAACGUCAUGGAGGCCAACGCCGCACGCCAGGCCACUCCUGCAGAGUGGAAUCAAGAUGACUCCAAUGAUAUGUGGGAGGACCAGGAGGAAGAUGAAGAGGAGGAAGAGGAUGGUUUAGCUGGCCAACUCUUAUCUGACAUUCUUGCUACAAGUAAAUAUGAGGAGGAUUACUACGAGGAUGAUGAGGAAGAUGACCCUGAUGCCCUGAAGGAUCCUCUCUAUCAGAUUGAUCUGCAGGCAUAUCUCACGGACUUCCUCUGCCAGUUCGCUCAACAGCCCUGCUACAUAAUGUUCUCAGGCCACCUUAAUGACAACGAGAGGCGGGUUCUGCAGACCAUUGGCAUCUAAAAAAAAAAAUGGAGACUUUCCACAUUUGCUCCUCCUGGCUCAGCCACAAACCAUUUUGCAGCCCUUAACUGGCCUCGACAUGUACUUUCUUUUCAACCUAGAGUGGCCUCCUGACUCGGCCCUUGGCCUUUGCAGAGUGACACUGACAAUUCAGACUGAGCUCACCAGUGCUGUCACUUAGGAAUACUGGAACAAAGGACAUUUCUCAAAGUCCCCCUGAAGAUACUCCAUCUCUAGGACCUUUUUCUCCCCAACUGUGCCCCCACUUCUGUUCCUAGAGUCCUCUGCUGGCCGCUCCCGAAACAUAUUGCCCAGAAGGAUUAUGUGUUCAUGGAUUAUUUUGCCCCACCUCAGGAGCACAGGAAGUCAUGACCAUUUAUAUUCUAAAACAGACCUGUUUACUUCCAUAGGACAUCUGAGGUAUUCAGAUAGGAAUACCCUUGAGAGAUGAUUGUGCUUUCUGCCCUCCACCACAGAUGCUCUGGGUUCUCCAUAGGAACGAGGGGAGCAGCUACCUUCUGAGCCCUCUCCAGUGACCUCUCCUUGUCUCCCUCCUACAACACUAAGGUUCCCCUGUCAAAGGACGUCAUCUUGGUUUUGCCUCAUUGCAUGAUUCAGCACCUCCCCCCAAGCUAUUCCUGCGUAUACAUGCACACACACAAAAUAAGCCAGACAGAUGGCAAUUUGUUUUUCCUUUUUUAGGAAAAAAAAAAAAUGGGAAAAACAUUUUUUAAAGUCCUCCUGACCCAACUAUAUUUAAUAUUCCUCUCCCACACAUCACCACACAGUCUGAUAUUCAAAGGUUACCCCCUCUCCCUCAGGAAUCCUCUAAAGUGGUUAAGUUGUAGCCCUCAAAUUUGCAAUGUGUAUUUUUCUAGGAGAGUAAAGUAAUCUUUACAAAUGAAUUUAGUCCGCAUGGUAUAAGGUGUCCCAGCACAUCUGCCUUCUGUUCCUUUUAGAAGGAAAAUAAAAGUAAGGAAAAAAAGAUUAGGCGGAGCCAUGUAGACACCCUAGUGUGUCCUAGGUAACCUAGCUCGAGCAAAAUGACUCUUAGAGAACUGGUAUCGUCCAAUCAAGAUUUUUUUUUAAAGAUUUUAUUUAUUUAUUCAUGAGAGACAGAGAGAGGCAGAGGGAGAAGCAGGCUCCCUGUGGGGAGCCCGCCACAGGACUCGAUCCCAGUACUUGAGCCAAAGGCAGACACUCAAACCACUGAACCCCCCCCCCCAGGUGCCCCAAUCAAGUAUUUUUAAGGGAGGUCCCUUAAUUGGGAAUUUCAGUCUGUUGUAUGUUCACAAAGUGAAUGAGGAUAACAAAGGGAGGAAGACAAAGCCCAGCACUCCCGUUUUGGCAGUGCCCAUACCUGGUGCCCAGAUUUAGCAGCUACAGAUUUCUAGACGUUGACGUUCCUGCAAACAAGAAGCAGACUAUCAAAUGAAUUUAAGCCUGUUCUUGAGGAAAAGACCACACUCGUAGGGCAUUUCCUGUACAGGACUGUUACGGAAGCUUCGGGGUUUUGUAGCUAAUAGUGGUUUCAUGCCACUAGGUGUCCCUGGUGUGCAGUCCCCACAUCUGAGUUGGGGGGAGUGUCUGUUAUCGUUCCUGUCCUUGAAAAGCCUGAGAGCACGUGCAGAGCAUGGUCUGCUGCCAGCCAGGUUCUGAGACUAGUAACUGCUCCUGUUGCUUCUCCCCCUUGAGCUGGGAGAGUCCCUCACGCUGGGGCAGUGACAGGAGGUCUGGCCCAUUGGUGCUCGAGAAAACCAAUCAGCCUUAGAAACUCACCCUACCGUUGAUCUCCAUGCAAUGCCAUUGGUUCCAGUGCUAAAGGUUCCACAAGGCCAAAUCAACCCUGACUGUGGCACAACAGAUGGUCUCGCGCCCAUGACGUCAAAUUGCUGAGUUUGGGAAGGCUUGGAGCUCCCACACUGAGGAUGAUGGGGGCCCCUUCUGGGCCUGCUGAGUGGAAGAGAGUCUGUAUCUGGUGCCAAAAAUGGUUCUUGACAAGUGUCCUCUCUUGCUGAUUUUUGGGGAGUACUGGAAAACUUGAGUCCUGAAGGCAAGGGUCUGGGUAUACCCUGGGGCCACCCCUGCCCAGCAGACACACUGUUGUGGAUGAGAGCAGAGGGUCUUGGACCCCUUGGCGUGUAAGCACUUCCUGUGCUCCCACAGCGUUUUCCCAUCACCCACUGGCCCGUUAGAGCAGGUGCACAGUGGGUGAUACUCCCGUUCUGUCAGUGAGGAGGAGCAUUCAGACGACGCCCAGUGUCAGCAGGGACGGGAAAGAUCUGCUUGAAGCCAGUACUCCUGACGAAAAGUUGAACUCCAGCUCCUGUUUUGCCUCUUGUUCUUUUGGCCAAAGAACUAGCUUGGGCCUGAAAAGGCCAGGGCCAACAGGUUAGGAGCCGAAGUUCAAGAUAAGUGAGGGGAUGAGGGCACGCUGGCGGCUCUAAGAUCGUCCAGGUCUCCUGAGCAUGCGCACAGCUAGGACGCCGGGGCACCUUUCCAGCCGUGGUUGAGCUCCUGGUGGAAGGAACUGAAGGGAGAUUGGAAGAAUCAACCAGAAGAUGGAGAAGGGGGAAGUCCAAGCCUGGAAGGAAGCAGAUUGUCACAAGUCCCUGCCCGUCCUAUGACAUUGACCAGGGACCACAAGCGGACACGGCCCCGGCCCAUAAAUAGGAAUGCUGUCCUCGCUGGGGUUCCAUAGACGUCGCCAUGAAUUCAGAGCAAGUGCUGCCAAACUAGACUUGCAGGCUGAUUCUGGUGACAGAUAAAAUCUGGACAAGGUAAAAUCAAAGCAUCCAGGAAAUAAGUUGGUUACUGGCCACCAACCCUCAGACUACAAAGUGGCUUAUUGUGGAAUGGUUUGCGCUGUGCCCCAGGGCGCUGUCCUUGUCCCCUCCUUUGAUAUGAAUGACAGAUGGGGGGUUUCAUGCCUUACCCAUUCCAAAAGGAUCUGAGGCCAUUUAUAAAAGAAACAGGACUAGAUAGAUGCCGAUCACAUUUUUUUUUUAUUUAUUUAUUUUUUUAGAUGGGAGAGAAUCCCAAGCAGGCUCCGUGGGGCUCCAUCUCUCAACCUUGAGAUCAUGACCUGAGCAGAAAUCAAAAAUCAGAUGCUUAUGCAGCUGAGCCAUCGAGGUGCCCCUGCCAGUCAGAUUUUUAGAUAAGGGGAACCUCUCAGAGUGAUGACAAGUUAGGAUUCAAACAGACACUUCUAUAGGCAGAAGUUAAAGGUAAGGUGGUUUGAGAACUCGGAUUGAUGAGUACGAAGAAAGUUAAGGGUUACAGAGUAGGCUGCUCCUGUCAGCAAUUCUGUGUGCACGUAAUAAGCGCUCAUGAUGUCAGGAGCCGUUAACGUGUCCUCAGUCAACUCCAGCGUAGUCCUGGCUGGGGUGGCGGACACAGAUUGUGUAAGAUCGGUUCAGUCUCCCAUGUGUGUCGGCAAUCCUAGAGUGCUCCGUUCCAUCAUGGUGCUCAAACAGGAGGCUCCCCGACAGACGGCGUGCCCAUCUGCAAGAGGAAAACAAGAACCGGAGGACCAGAGCUGUGCCAUGCGGGAAGAAGCUUAAAGGAGCUGAGAAGACUCAGGGAAAACCGGACACCGCUUUGGAAGAAGAAAGGGUUGUCCAGUGAAGGACACGCUACUCCCCCCAGCCAGGCAGACCCGUGGCCAACGAGUAGACAAACUCAAGGCCAGUUUCUGGCUACUAGGUGUUUAUUCUGUUCCGCAAAUACUAAACUUCCUUGACAUGCAAGGCCAGGGUUAGAAGCUAGUCUAGUCAGGGGUCAGAAAUAAGGCAACAGAUGUGGGUGGUGCCAUGAGAGAAGUACUGGGGCCCAUCCCCACUACCCAGAGGGGAGUGGUUAACCGUAACGGAGAGGAAGGCAGGCAGGGUCGCAUGGAGAAGGUGACCCUGGGACUGGGCACUCACAAGGUGGCCAACAACCGUUGAGGUUUCACAAGCCCCAAAUGCCAAUGGCUGUUCCAAAGCGUCACUUCGAUUAUCUCGGUAGACCAUCUAAGAACUACCAAGUACGUACUUCUGUUUACCCCACCUACAGACUGGCGAAACCGAGGCACAGCGUUAUUAAAUGUUACCUGCCAAAAGUCA